ACUGCGCCACACUCAUUAAAAGACACCCAAAUUGAAAAUAAAAUGGAAAAGCAUCGCUUACCUCUUCCGGAACUGCACGACGAUAAACACAGACACAAACAGUGCAACGGCGAUAACAGCAACCGCUUCCGUCCACCGAAAUACAAGACGCGCGGCUAUGUCGCGGUGGACAACAACAAUCUGAACCGGAGCCAAUCGCUGGGCUCCUGCAGCGCCAACAGUUCGCAGGUAGCCCACGCCAUCUCCUUCCGGGGAUUGGAGUGCCCGGACGCGAGUACUCUGCCACUUUCUCCAGUGCCUCUAGAACGGAGCGAAAGGAACAGCCACUUUGAGCAGUGCUUCGAGCGGCUAGCAAAACUGGGCGAGGGAUCCUUCGGCGAGGUGUUCAAGGUGCGAGAUCGUUCUGAUGGUCGGUUCUACGCCGUUAAGAUCUCAAAGCAGCUGUUCCGUGGCGAACAGUACCGUGCCGAGCGACUAGAGGAGGUCCGGCGGUACGAAGAGUUCUCCGGCCACGAGAACUGUAUUCGAUUCAUCCGCGCCUGGGAGCAAUAUGACCGGCUGUACAUGCAAAUGGAACUGUGUCGCGAAAGCCUAGAGCAGUACUUGCUGAGGUGCCAAAGGAUUCCCGAGGAGCGCAUCUGGCACAUCCUGCUGGAUCUGCUAAGGGGCCUGAAAUCACUACACGACCGAAAUCUCAUCCAUCUGGACAUUAAGCUGGAUAAUGUGCUAAUCGGCGAGGAUGACGAGACAUGUAAGCUGGCGGACUUUGGCUUGGUCAUCGAUGUGGACAGGGCCAAUAGCCAUCAUGCCACAGAGGGCGAUUCCAGGUACAUGGCCCCGGAGAUUCUGCAGGGUCACUUCUCCAAGGCAGCGGAUAUCUUCAGCCUGGGCAUCGCCAUGCUGGAGCUGGCAUGCUACAUGGAUCUGCCCUCGAAUGGGCCACUAUGGCAUGAACUUAGGAACGGCAUCCUGCCCGAGGAGUUCAUAAACAAAAUAUCCCUGGAGCUGCAGUCGGUGAUAAAGUCCAUGAUGAUGCCCGAUCCCGCCCGGAGACCAACAGCAGAUCAACUUCUCUCACAUCCCAAGCUGCAGCACCUGCAACAGAAGCGCAAGUCGCUGAUGAACCUCAGUAUGCUGUCACGGAGCUUUCGGCGAUCUCGUCGCGCCGUCUGGGGAAGAAUGUGCAAUUGGAAAACGUCAGCCUUCCGUUAUCUGCUAUAUUUCCUGGAGGUCCUGCAUUUAUGUAAGCCCAUCGGCCCCUCGCAGCCCAGCAUCAACCUAGAUCCUAACUCGCCUUCGUCAAAAGAAGUGCCUCUGGUGCCUAGGGUGGAGUUCCAGCUGGUAGGAUCAACGCCCAUUGCCAAUCGUGACUGUUACGCCUCCGAUUUUCCAUUUGGCGAAGAUCCACUGGAGCUGUCUCAUCAGGGUUCCCCCAACGUAAUAAAUUCCACGCCACUAAACACUAAUCAAGGAAAAUCUCGCAUGGAAUUGCUUGGAAAGAAUCUGGACUCCUUUGGCAGGUAUCCAAAGAUGCCUGAUUUCGAAAGUCUGAACAGUCCCUGCUCCGCCCUGUCUUCCCCAAAGGUACUCGACACCUCCUCUUUCCGCCGCAAAAAGCUGUUCGUUAUGGAAUUUGACGACGAGUGAAUACGAAGGCACCGAGAAAUUGAAACCCAAUGAAUUUAUCAUACAAAUAAUAUACAUAUAUCAGUUACGUAACAAAUACCAGAUACAUAUGGCAACCGAAUAUAUCGU